AUGAAGUUCAUACAAGAUCACACACUCGACGAGGUGGCAUCAGCACUCAAAUUCGACACACCCGAAUGCCACGUUUCCGGCAACAUUGACCUGUACACCACCAAACCCGCUUCCUCGGACAAGAAGCUGUACAAGGUGCUCGACAAGCAGCUGUCGUACCAUCAAGACGCGCUCGACUCAUUCACCUCCAUCUCCACCCUCGGCACAUCUUUCUCUCCCCCACAAGUGCUCACCUUUGACAACUACUACCAAUACGGCAAAUCGUUGGACAGCAGCGUCAGCAAGAUGAGCAAUCGAAGCCCCAAGGGCGUGAGCAAAGUGCCCAAGCAAAGAACCUAUUCUUCCUCGAGAGCAGGCGUCUCUGUCGGCUCGCUAUCGCCUCUACUCUCCUCUCCCUUUGGAGAUAUGAGCGAAACUGCCAGUAGGAAGGUGUUUGCUUAUCUGAUUGCGAUUCUCAAUGCGUCAGACCCUAAUCACGACUUUUCCGUGCUACAGCCGGACGACUUUCAGCGCGAGCCGAGCGCAUCGGCCGUGAUUUCGUCCUUCAACAACGUGCUGUUCGGCCUGGGUAUGCCGAUCCCGCCCCGGAUGUGGGACGUACUGGACAAGAGCAUCGAGAUGCACAACUGCACAAUCUUUUCCUUCACGCCCGACGCCACGAUUCUCGCCGACGAGCCUGGCGCCCUGUGGGCAUUAAGCUGGUUCUUUUUCAAUAAGAGAAUGAAGCGAGUCGCAUGUAUUUCUCUCAACGCAAGGAGGCAUUCUCUGUCGCCUACGCUGGGGCCCAAGAUUAUGAGGUCCGAUGUGAUCAACGGUGACGACGAAGAAGAUUAUGAUCUCACGUAUUCUUCCGACACUGACAUGUACGACGAGAUUGUCGGAGAACUUGAUCUGGAGUAG